AUGCACGGCCGCGCUCCCCUACGCUUUGAAGACUCGCCGUACCGUCCCCCCGAGGGCGCGCUGCAGCGGUUCGUGUGGCGCCGCAAGAUAUGGAUCGAGGUCACGUUUGGGCUCUCCGUGCUCGAGCCUUGGGAGAAGGCGCUCGUCUGGAGCGUUUUCGCGCUGAUGACCGUCCUGUUCGUGACCGGGUUCUACCGGCUGAUGCCGCAACACCUCGAUCUCGUCCACAGGCGGACCGUGUAUUAUGUGACGGGCGACGGCGUCGUGAGCUAG